AUGGUCAAGACAGUCACGGUGGAAGUCGACACCAUCCUGUUCGACAUGGACGGCACCCUCAUCGACUCCACCCCUGCCGUCAAUGCCACCUGGGCCUCUUUCGCACGUCAGUACAACCUCGAUCUCGACUUUGUCAUGCAAACAUGCCAUGGAUACCGCACCGUUGAAAACCUCAAACGUUUCAUCCCCUCCAUUCCCGACUCGGAAAUUCCAGCCGAAGUAGAGCGUUUCGAAUCGAAUAUUCUCGUUGUAGCGCAAGAGAACGCUGCCAAAGGACAAGGCGGUUCCAUCGUUGCCAUGCCUGGUGCUAAGGAUCUUUUGCAUUCCAUCAGCUCCACCCGUCCUGCUGCAGCAGAAAAGAGAGGUAACUCGGGUUGGGCUAUCGUUACAUCCGCAACAAAAGCUUAUGCGCAGCAAGGUUUCGCAGCUGCUGGAGUCAGCGAGCAGCCUCAAGUGUUCAUUACUUCAGAUUUGUGCACAAAGGGUAAGCCUGAUCCUCAGCCUUAUCUUUUGGGAGCAGAGAAGACGGGACAGGACAUCAGCAGGUGUUUGGUUGUGGAAGACGCUCCUCCCGGCGUACGCGCUGGUAAGAGGGCUGGUGCGAAGACAUUAGCUCUCAGGACAACUCAUGCCGGUGAGAAGAUGCAGGAUGAAGGACCAGAUUUUAUUGUUGAGGAUCUUAGGAGUGUCAAGGCGGAAUGGAAGGAAGAUGGCACCGGGUUGAAGUUGACGAUCGAGGCUGAAGAGCCGGAGAAGGGAGAGGCAAAGGGCAUUUCGGAGUUGGCACAGCAGAUUCAGCACGACAACGAUCCAACGGUCAAGGCCAACGGUUACGCAUGA